CCCGAGUUGCCGCCGCCGCCGCCGCCGCCGUCGCCGCUGCUCCUCCUCUCCCAGUCUUGGGUUUCCCAGGCGCUGCUGCCGCCGCUACCUCUGCGGUCUGUCUGAGGAGGAGGAGGAUGUGAAGAUGGCGGAGCUGCAGAUGCUGCUGGAGGAGGAAAUCCCGGGGGGCCGCCGGGCCCUCUUCGACAGUUACACGAAUCUGGAACGGGUGGCAGAUUACUGCGAGAACAACUACAUCCAGUCAGCAGAUAAGCAGCGAGCUCUAGAAGAAACCAAAGCCUACACCACCCAGUCCUUAGCAAGUGUUGCCUAUCUGAUAAAUACCUUGGCCAACAAUGUUCUACAGAUGCUGGAUAUUCAGGCAUCCCAGCUACGAAGGAUGGAAUCUUCAAUCAAUCAUAUUUCACAAACCGUUGAUAUUCAUAAAGAGAAAGUUGCAAGAAGAGAGAUCGGUAUUUUGACUACCAAUAAAAACACUUCAAGGACACACAAGAUUAUUGCUCCAGCCAAUCUUGAACGACCAGUUCGUUAUAUUAGAAAACCUAUUGACUAUACAAUUCUAGAUGAUAUUGGACAUGGAGUAAAGGUGAGUACCCAGAAUAUGAAGAUGGGUGGGCUGCCACGUACGACACCUCCAACUCAGAAACCCCCCAGUCCCCCCAUGUCAGGGAAAGGGACACUUGGGCGGCACUCCCCCUAUCGCACACUGGAGCCAGUGCGUCCUCCAGUGGUACCAAAUGAUUACGUACCUAGCCCAACCCGUAAUAUGGCUCCCUCGCAGCAGAGCCCUGUGAGGACAGCUUCUGUGAAUCAAAGAAAUCGAACUUACAGCAGCAGUGGGAGCAGCGGAGGAAGCCACCCGAGCAGCCGUAGCAGCAGUCGGGAGAACAGUGGAAGCGGGAGCGUGGGCGUUCCCAUUGCUGUUCCUACUCCAUCUCCUCCCAGUGUCUUUCCAGGUCAUCCUGUUCAGUUCUACAGCAUGAACAGACCUGCUUCUCGCCAUACUCCUCCAACCAUAGGGGGCUCGUUGCCCUAUAGACGCCCUCCUUCCAUAACGUCGCAGACAGGCCUUCAGAAUCAGAUGAAUGGAGGACCUUUUUAUAGCCAGAAUCCAGUAUCUCUUGCUCCUCCUCCUCCCUCCAUUCUACAGGUAACUCCUCAGUUACCUUUAAUGGGAUUUGUGGCCAGAGUCCAAGAAAAUAUUUCAGAUACACCACCUCCACCACCACCUGUGGAAGAACCAGUCUUUGAUGAGUCCCCCCCGCCUCCUCCUCCCCCAGAAGAUUAUGAAGAGGAGGAAGCAGCUGUGGUUGAAUAUAGUGAUCCUUAUGCUGAAGAGGACCCACCGUGGGCUCCAAGAUCUUACUUGGAAAAGGUUGUGGCAAUUUAUGAUUAUACAAAAGACAAGGAAGAUGAGCUGUCCUUUCAGGAAGGAGCCAUUAUUUAUGUCAUCAAGAAGAAUGACGAUGUUUGUAGAUUGAGGAUGAUGAAGUGAGUCCCCAAACAUUGCGAGGGUGGUUAACAGUUGCUGGUUUGAUUUCAAUGUGCUGCGGCCGCUGCAGGAGACUGAGCUGCCACCGAGGGCUUGUGGGCCCAGGCAUGUGACGCGUGGUCGCCUGGCUCACAGACUGAAGCAGGCGUGUGAAGCUAGACGUGAGGUUCCUGAGGUUCUGAAGAGACUGACCUGGAGAAAAUGUUGUGCUCUAGGCAUCCUAGACCUUUGCCUUAGGCACUGUUUCCAGGAGUAGAAUCUUGGAGGUCAGACCAGCUAUUUCUUUACUUCUCUCACUAUUUAGGAAAACAUUCUUUCUUGGAAAAUAGCAGUUAUUGUGAAGUCCCUUGACAGUCACUGGGAAUCAAAGGCUUGCUACUGUGCUCCCCGAAUGUUGUUAAUGGCCAGUGUUAGCUGCUGCUGAGUCUACUUAUUUCUAGGAAAGGUAAAUACUCUCCCAGUUUUUGAUUGGUUUUGAAGUCGCUGCUCUUGGCAAGAAUUUGAACCUUCUAUCUUGGACUAAGAAUAGUGGGAUGAGAGGUUUAAGGCCAAAUACUAAUCUACUUACAUAGAUAAAAAUCAAGAUAAUUUUGAGUGAAACAGUAUUUUUUUCUGUCUGUACAAGUUACAGCUUCAAGUGGAGCCUGUAAGGCAGCUGGCUUUAACCAUCGCUUCUUUAAGCAGUGUAAGAAAUACUCAUGAAAGGGUCCAGGAGGGUUUGCUGCUCAGCAGCUGGAUUUUGUGGUGAGGACCCAGCUCACGGGCCCAGAGCUGCCAUGGGUUUGUCCCCGUCCCAGGGACUUUGCCAGGUCAUUUCCCGGUGCUGGGUAAAAUGGGGAGCGGCAAGCACUGCGUUUGUUUCAAACGAAGGCCUUGAACAGGAUAAUGUAGGUAGGGGGAUCUGAUUGAAAAAUGAACAAGUGCACUAGUGUAUGAGGGAAUUCAGAUGGUGUAAGCAGAAGUUAGUAUUCCACUUGUAGAUCUGUUUUCAGAGCACAAAACGUCAUCACUAUUUAACCGACCCAGAUAUAGGGUUCCCUUAUCAAGACUUCUUGUUUUAAAGUUGCAGGGGGUUUUCCCCCACAUAUUGCAAGGUAGCUAUUUUGCGUUUAGAUUUCUUCAACAUGAGCGUUCAUUAACUUGCCUCCACUUUGUGCUUUUGUUAGGUCAUCUUGACAUUCUUUAUGCUCUGUUUUCCUUUAAAGUAAUGGCCCUGAGUGUCCUCUGAGCCUUCAGGUUCAUUAUGGACCAAGACUAUCUACCUGGAUAGGUUAAACUCUUCUUAGUGUUGGUGUGUAACUAGGAAAACUGUUUUGAAAUUUAGAUGUGUUCCAGUUUUUACUUCAAUAGCUUUGUGCUGAGAAAGCUUAGUGGAUUUUUAAGGCAAGAAGGUAUUUUAAAAUCCAGUGUAGUAUUCACAGCUCACACCUACAGAAGCAGAGAAGAUAAUUGUGCAAAAAAAGUUGGUGGCGGUCACCUUGCCUGUUGGACCCCUGCUGGAUUGUGGCCUGCAGAAGACACUGGUGCAGUCCUUCAUACUGAAGACCUGCAGCAGAGGGGGCUCCAUCGGUCAGCUGACUUUUUCUGUAUUAUUUAACACUAAUGUAUACAAUUAUUUUAAAAACACCUGUUGGAUUUUCUGCAUAUUUUAAAUUUUUGUACAGUUUUGAAUUCUAUAUAUUGUCUUGGAAGGAUUCUAUGUAAUGAUGACGGGCCAGGCCUACAGUAAUUGGAGACUUUUAAUGUAUGUAAUAUUUCACAGAUUGCAUGCUAUUAAUAGUCUGUGAAGGUAGUAUUUCUUGAUUUAUUGUAAGUUCCCCCCCCAAUUUAUUUAUUUUUUUUAUGAACUACAGGAUGGUUGGUAGUAGGAAUUCAAAAUGAAUGCAGAAAUCUUACAGGAUACAUAAUAUUGUGGCAAAGAUGAUUCAAGUCUAAAAUCUGACUUGUAAGCAACCAUUUUAACAGGAUAGAGGGAAUCUAAUGGGAGAGGGGAUUUUUUAUCCUUCUGAAGUGCUUUUCCUUAAAAAAAGUAAAAGUGACUGAAGAGUCUCUUCCCCUCCCACCCCCCACUUUUGGUACUACUUUUUGAAAGGCCUGGGAGAGAUGAAUGAAAAUAACUUUCUUGUUGACCUUACGGCUAAGGCAAUAAAUCAAAAACCAAAGUAGUGUCAAGAUCUAGACCUGAGAGAUUCAGCCUGCUGUAUUUGGAGUAAAGACGAUUCUUUUAAGAUGUCUUGUUCAGUAUUCUCCAUUUUUUGGCUACCUGCUGUUCUCAUCUUUGGGGUGGCAAGGGCCUGCUACUUUUGCUGUGUUCCUAGAAGUCACUAGGUGAGACUUUCUUAUCCCUCCCUUUCUUUCCCUCCAUCCUGCUGCUGUUUCUUAGCCAGCUAGACAGAAGGUUUAUGCAUCUUUACAGUGAUGUCUGUGAUGGAGCUGUGCUCCCUAGCAGUCUUAUGUUGAUUACAGAUGAUUACUUAGGAUUUUUCUGCUUGAGAGGCAUCAAAAUGAUGGUAGUUUGCUUUUAUCCUUUUGUGUUCAUUUUCUUUUAGCAGGUACCUUUCUGCAUUAAGAACUGUUCCUUUUAUUUUUUAAUUACCUUUUCUCCUCGGUGGAGAGAGCAUGACAUAUCCUGAAGGCCACCUUUCCCUUGGAAAAGGGUUUGAUGAAGGAAUUGGCAGUCACCUGCUAAGUCUUCGAAAAAAAUGGGGAUCUGAGUCACUUCCCCUCUGUUCACUUCUGAACUUCUUUGGCCAGGAACUCCUGACUGGUGUUAAGGUGAUGAUUUCCCUUCCAUGCUUUACUUAGAAUCAUAGAAUUUUAGAGCUACGUUGAGAUUUAAAAAAUUUUAGUUCAUUUUAAUUGAUGAGGUUAGAUGUUUCAUUUCAGAUAAUAGCUACUUAACAGUAGAGUUCCUGACUCAACGCCUGUACUUUCUACAGCUGUCUUAAUUGAAUAUGCUGUAUGUUUCUUUAAAAAUUAGGAGUGCUACUUGAUGUCUUCAGGAAGAUACUUGAAAAGAUACGCUGUUUCGAUAAAUUCCAUCAGUAUUCAAACUGUUUAAAGAAGUGUACUAAGCACAACUUAGUGAAAAUUAUCUUCAUGUUAACCCUUCUACUACUCCACUCAGUACUAUGUAGCAAAAAUAGGUUACCUGAUUUCAGCACUGGCAGGAGCACAGCAGAGAGCCUUAGUUAAGAGAGCCUUAUAAAACAGUACUUAAAUGGACAUUAUGCUCAUAACCUUACGUUUACUUUAUUCCUGUUUCUUAUCGAGAAUUUCAUAAAUCUUAAAAAAAAAUGACAAACGAUAGGGCCUAGCUGUGUAUAAAUGAUCCUUGCUCAGUAUCUUGAGAUUUUUUUGUAAAACACAAACACGAAAAGCUUAUUUUCACAUUACGAUGGAAAUGUCUUUUGCAACUUCAGAAUUCUAUGGAAAAGCAGUUUUUCAUAUUUUGUGUCCAUGCAUCUUUUUUCUUAAAAUGGUUUACAAGAAAGAAUGUUAAAACAACUUGUGAUCUGGCCAGUUGUAUUUUUAAGCUCCUGCAGGGAGGGUUGGUAUCCUGAAUUGAGUAGAAAUCAUGCAGGAAAACUUGAGGGAGCAGUCUGUUGCCAGUAAUGUUUCUUGUGUGUGCCAUUAAGCCACCUCCAGCUGAGUGUGGGGGAAUCUUCACUUUUUAAUUUCAAAACUGUAUUUGAAAUUGUUGUUGUGUACUAAGAACUUGACCUAAAUAAAAUUCUACAAUGUCCAAA